AGUCGCUCGUUUUUCCUCUCUCUCUUUCACUUUUUCUUUCAUUUUUUUUUUCUGUGUUCUCAAUCUCUUCUAUUCGAUUUGAUACGAGAAGAAAAGAAAAGAAGAAAAUGACUUUCUGGGGGUUUUGGGUUUUCUAUCCCUUUAGGAAUCUGUCUCCUGUCCAAUCAAUGGUUCCCUGACAUUUGCUAAUUAAUAAUUCGUUGCUUUGUCGUAAAAUUUUCACUUUUUUUUCCAGCUUAUGCCUGCAAAGUGUUUGCUUAUAUUCCUCGGAGAACCCGAAGUUUGUCAAAAAAAAAGAAAGAGAAAAUAACUUCUUCCGGUUGAACUGUUGUCUUUUGCUCUGUUUUCGCUUUGCUUGUUUCUUAGAUGAACUGGUCACAAAGUUGAUUUCUUUUCUCCUGUUCUUGUGAUGGGACUGAGCAUUGAUCCAUCUGUGGCUAUAAUGGCACUGAUUGUGGCCAUUCUGGUGGUUCCAAUGGGUUGUCAAAGGCCUAAAGUGGUGAACGUUGGUGCUGUUUUCACUUUUGACUCGGUUAUCGGUAGAGCUGCAAAAGUAGCUCUCGAGGCAGCUGUCUCUGAUGUGAACGCUGACAGAAGCGUUCUCAAAGAAAGGGAGCUGCGUCUGUUUAUGGAGGGCUCUUCCUGCAAUGUCUUUCAUGGGUCCUUUGGAGCUUUUAAAGUGCUUGACAAAGAAGUGGUCGCUAUGAUUGGUCCACUUUCAUCUUCCAUUGCUCAUACGUUGUCAGAUAUUGCCAAAGGGCUCCAGUUUCCUCUCGUCUCAUUUGCAGCAACCGAUCCAACUCUCUCUGCCCUCCAGUUUCCCUUCUUUCUUCGGACUACACCUGAUGAUGCCCACCAAAUGUCCGCCCUUGUGGAUUUUAUCACUUUUCACGGAUGGAAAGAGGUGAUAUCAGUAUACUCAGAUGAUGAGCUCGGAAGAAACGGAGUUUCUGCUCUAGAUGAUGAACUGUACAAGAAAAGAUCCAGAAUUUCCCAUAAAGUGCCGCUCUCAGUGCAUUUUGAAGAAGGCUCCGUUACUGACGCUUUGAAAAAAUCCAAGUCCCUCGGUCCUCGAGUCUAUGUUCUUCAUUUUGGUCCUGACCCGUUGCUCAGAAUCUUUAGGAUAGCGCAAAAGCUGCAGAUGAUGACUCGUGAAUAUGUUUGGCUCGCCACAGACUGGCUCUCAGUUACCUUAGAUUCUUCUUUGAUUGACAAAGGUACUUUAAAAGGUCUCGAAGGUGUAGUGGGGCUUCGUCAACAUAUCCCACAAUCCUUAAAGGUGCACCAGUUGACACAUAAACUAAAGAGCAACGGAUCAAUGAACGCCUACGCGUUGCAUGCGUAUGAUACAGUGUGGAUGAUCGCAUACGGCAUCGAGAAAAUGCUGAAUGAAGGAAUCAACAUAACAUUCUCUUACUCCGAGAAGUUAAUUCAUGCAGAAGGAACUAAACUGCACCUGGAGAGAGUCAAAAUUUUCAAUAGCGGGAAGGUACUACUUGAGAAACUUCUGCAGGUGAACUUCACUGGUAUAGCCGGUCAAGUUCGGUUUGGUUCUGGUCGAAAUGUCAUUGGCUGUGACUAUGAGAUCAUCAAUGUAGGCAAAACCGGUGUAAAUACUGUGGGUUUCUGGUCUAGAAAUGGAGGAUUUUCAGUUGAACCCCCAGAUUCUCGACACACACAUAAGAAGACUGGCUUUGUUUCUGAUGAAAAGCUUGGUAACAUAACCUGGCCUGGUGGUGGCCGUGAAAAGCCGCGUGGUUGGGUUAUUGCAGACUCUGCAAGUCCACUGAAGAUUGUUGUCCCGAACAGAGUGAGCUUUGUCGAGUUUGUGACCGAAGAAAAUAACAGUAGCCAUCAGAUCAAAGGACUUUGCAUUGACAUUUUCAAGGAAGCGCUGAAGUUUGUCCCUUACAGUGUUCCUUACAUAUUUGAGUCAUUUGGAGAUGGCCACUCAAGUCCUAAUUACAAACACAUUAUUCAAAUGGUCACGGAUGGCGUAUAUGAUGCAGCUGUUGGGGAUUUUGCAAUAGUCCCAACCAGGUCGAAAUUAGUAGAUUUCUCGCAGCCAUAUGCUUCCACAGGCCUUGUUGUGGUGAUUCCGACUAACGACGACAAUCCGACUUGGAUCUUUCUGAGACCCUUCACCAUUGGGUUAUGGUGUGUUGUUCUAGCUUCAUUCCUGAUUAUUGCAGUAGUCAUUUGGAUCCUCGAACAUCGCAUCAAUGAAGAUUUCAGAGGGCCACCCCGUAAACAACUCAUCACAAUGAUCUUGUUCAGCUUCUCAACUCUUUUCAAGAGAAAUCAGGAAGAUACGAUAAGCAAUCUAGCUAGACUAGUGAUGAUUGUAUGGCUCUUCUUAUUGAUGGUCCUUACCGCGAGCUACACAGCGAAUCUCACCUCAAUCCUCACAGUCCUACAACUUCCUUCUGCCAUAACCGGCAUUGACAGCUUGCGGGAAAGUGAGGUGCCUAUCGGUUACCAGGCCGGAACUUUCACUUUAGAGUACUUAACCUACAGUCUCGGCAUGGCUCGGUCUAGGCUGGUCCCACUUGACUCGACGGAGGAGUAUGAAAGAGCUUUAAAGCUAGGACCAACCGCUUUCGGAGGAGUAGCUGCCAUUGUUGACGAGCUUCCUUACAUUGAAUUGUUUCUUGCGGAACGGACGGGUUUCAAGAUUGUCGGAGAGCCCUUUAUGCACCGUGGUUGGGGAUUUGCGUUUAAGAGAGAUUCUCCACUGGCUAUAGACAUGUCAAGAGCGAUCUUGAAACUCUCCGAGACGAGAAAAUUGCAAGAGAUUCGGAUGAAAUGGUUAUGCAAGAAGACUUGCGCAGAGAAAUCAGAUGGGAACCCAGAGCCAAACCAGCUUCAUCUCAAGAGCUUCAAAGGGUUGUACCUUGUCUGCACUGCAAUCUCGGUCUCUGCGUCUUUGGUGUUUGUUUUCAGGAUGGUACGCCAGUUUGUGCGGUACAGAAGGAUGGAGCGUACUAGCUCGAUGCCGCUCGCUUCUUGGUCGUCUUCUCCUACUAUGCGUUUAAGGGAAUUGGUGUUUGGUUUCGUGGAGUUUGUGGAUGAGAAAGAAGAAGCUAUCAAGAGAAUGUUCAGAAGGAGUAAUGAUUCUGACAACCCAUUUCAUGUUGUGGAAGUUCAAGCUGAUCCUGAGGUACGACAAAAUUGAUGAGUAGAUUCCACUUUAUAGAAUGAAAAUUGUAAUAUUAUUAGAUAUAACUAACAUGCAAGUCAACAUUCCAAUCUUUGUUCAUUAGAUUUGAUUGUAACUUGGCACAUAAAAAGGGGGCAAGAGCCAAUGAUUGUAGCUAUAUACAUAUAUUUCAGAGUUACCAACAAUUCUUAUAAACUAUUUCUUUUUUUUUUGGGUCA